GCGAGAGAGUUGCGCGUGCGACGUGCGCAGCGAGGCACCUCGCAUCCAGGAAUCGCGGAUCGCGGAUACGGCGGGCCAGAAGCGGGGCAAGUGGGGCAGCGGAUGACAAUGAUGGCCGCCACCAGCGAUGAACGGAGUGUUAUGGAGCCUGGGAAAACGAAUUCGGGGCAGAGCCAGCCCGUGGACCGGCUGAAGCUGCUCUACCCGAUGGUCGACGAGGAGAAGACGCCGCUGCCGCGCUCCUGGAGCACCAAGGACAAGUACAGCUACAUCGGCCUGUCGCAAAACAAUCUCCGCGUUCACUACAAAGAGAGUCGGGGCCGUGCUCAUUUUCCAGGUUACGGCAAAACUCACAAAGACGCUGCCAGCGUUCGCACAACGCACUCGAUACCAGCCGCCUGCGGCCUGUACUACUUCGAGGUGAAGAUCGUGAGCAAGGGACGUGAUGGUUACAUGGGCAUCGGCCUGUCGGCCUCGGGCGUCAACGUAAAUAGACUUCCCGGUUGGGAUAAGCAUUCGUACGGUUACCACGGCGACGACGGCCACAGUUUCUGCUCAAGUGGCACCGGGCAGCCCUACGGACCGACCUUCACUACCGGCGACGUGAUCGGCUGCGGCGUAAAUCUCGUUGACAACACCGCCUUCUACACGAAGAAUGGCCAUCACUUGGGCAUCGCCUUUACGGACCUUCCUCCCAAUCUCUUUCCGACGGUCGGUCUGCAGACUCCGGGCGAGGUGGUGGAUGCAAAUUUCGGACAGUUGCCGUUCGUCUUCGACAUCGGGGAUAUGAUCAACGAACUGCGCGUACGAACGAGAUUACAGAUCAUAAACUAUCCCACGCCAGACCACGGCCAGGGGCAGUGGCAGGCGAUUCUUCACAGAAUGGUGUGUACGUAUCUCGUCCAUCACGGGUACCUCGACAGCGCCGAGGCAUUCGCCAGCAGCACGGGUCAGGUGUUCGAGGAGGAUUACAACUCUAUCAAAAAUCGACAGAGGGUUAUAAAGCUGAUACUGUCUGGUCGUAUCGGCGAAGCGAUAGAUACGACUAAUCGGUUAUACCCGGGUCUUCUCGACCGGGACCCGGAUCUGCUGUUCGCGCUCAAGUGCCGCCAGUUCGUGGAAAUGGUGAACGGCAGCGAUUCGGAGGUCUGUCAAAAUGGGAAUCCCAAUCAGACCAGUGUGAUACAAUCGACCAAAGCGUACGUCAAGUCCGCAAACCCAACCGGUACCGUGGAAGAGAUGAAUAUCAAUAAUACGAUAAAUGGUACCAGCCCACAGUUCGUCAAUGGUCAAAUAGAGGAUGACGUAGACAUGGAGGAAAGCAGCGUCACUGGUGUGAAUGGUAUCAAGAACAGUAACGGCUAUCAGAAUGGUAAUCUUGACUCGAAUGGGUACAAGUGUCAAAAUGGGGAAGAUGUUGAUAUGGAAAUCGACAACAGUGCCAAUCAGAGCCAGCAGAGCAGUAACAUCGUCGAUACUGUGACAUGUAACAAAAGUAAUAAGAAGCAAUUGUGCGGCGGCAACAAGCAGGCGAUCGAAAAGAUGUUGGAAUUCGGCAAACAGUUGUACUCACAGUCGGUGCAUCUGCGACAGCAGUACGGCAAGAACGAGAGCAAUAAGAAGAUGUUGCAGGACGCUUUCAGUCUAUUAGCAUACUCCAAUCCGUGGAAUUCGCCGGUUGGCUGGCAACUGAAUCCUCAGGAAAGAGAGACAGUCUGCGCAAGAUUGAACUCUGCUAUUCUUGAAUCUAGUAAUUUAUCCCGUCGGCCGCCGUUGGAAGUUGCAGCAUCCCAUGCUAGGGAGCUUGUUCGCUUAAUGUCAACUAAUGGCCUAGGGGCCUGCGGAUUUGCAGUAGUAGAUAAUAUUAUCCAAUAUUGACGGUGCCUACCUCUGCUGCCACGUCCGCCUCUUCUACCAGUGCGAGUAUGGAUGCAGAGGCGGAACGUGGAGCAGAUUGUUCUGUUAACGCAGCAACAUCGCGAUGUCGCGUGCCUCUUCAGCUAGAGCAGCCGGAUUCAUCGGUGCCUUGGCUCGAUCUCACACCACAGACACGAACAUACAAGGUGAACGCUCAGACCUGCCAGCCAAAAUGACACCUCAUGAAUUUUUAGCUUAAAUCGGAUGGACGGUCACUUUGGAUAAACUACUACGCCGACCAAGAACGAAAAGCGGCAGUUGACGAUGCUGAUCCCCCGUUCCCGGUGGUCGACCGCAUAUACCGUGGCCGGCCAUGUCACGUUUUUGACAUUGUUGUGACUAUUUAUAUCAUUUUCUGUAUCCCUUUACUUUUUCUCCCCUUUUUACUUUUUUUGUUUCUUUUUAUCCGGCGCCAAUUUAACUUCGUUUGCGAGUCCACUCGGAUGUUGUUCAUCGCGGCUAGCGCGUUACGUACUCUCUAAACGUCAACCAUUGUCACUGAAAUCCGUGAGUAUUCACGGUUAUAAGUACACUGAAUGAUUCAGUGCUAUACUUACAACUGUUUUCAGCGAUAAUGCACCGGCGGACUUUCAGAGAGUAGAUGUACGCGCGGCGAUGUUCGGUACGAAUGCCUCCUGGUUAUCCCAAUCGUGAUAACCGUCGCGAUAUCAUUAGUUAGUUAGCCGCAAGCAUUGUGCAAUAUGACGAUUUCACGACGCAAUAGAAGAACAACCGUUGUGGGUGACGGACGGAAGCGGAGGUUGUUUCAUGCGAAAGCGACGCUUCUGUGAUGCCUGCCGUCAGCGUCGUCGUUCGUGUCGUCAUGCAGUCGGGACGUUCUCGCGGUGACUCGCGUGUCGCGCGGCACACCGGUGGGUAACGUGUAAUCAAAUUCGCUUGCAUUUAAACGCGAGUUGUGUCAAAGGCGUAUUCAACAACGGAGAAUCAAUCAAACACCCAAUCUGAUUAGAUGUAGUCGAAAUUCGUUGGUGAUUACGGCGGGGAGGGGUAAUAAACGCACUAUUGUACGUUGCGCUCUAUUCGCUUCGGAAAAAAAAAGAAAAGAAAAACGCAAAUUCACGAGCCGAAUUAAUCUUUCGCGGACGUUAAUAAUUCUAUUUAAUUUUUCGUUUAACGCAAUCCUAACGAUGGAAGAAAGUACAUUUCUUCCUUGAUAUUAUUUUGACGAAUCGGCGCGAAGAUUUCUCUAUGUAUCUUGAUUUUUGUAAUCAUUCUGGGAGCGGCGGAAGCAUGUUCAUUUUAGAGAUGAAUGACGUCUUACGUUUAUAUAAAUAGUUGCGGAAAACAAAAAAUCUGUAAACUUAAUUAAGGAACGAUCUUGUACUCUAUAUUAAGUAAUUGUUUUUUAUAUGCGACAUAGUAUAUUAUUAUAUUAUAUAUAUUAUUAAUGAAGAAAAAGUGAGGAAAUCACAAAUAAGAAAAUCGUAUGCAGCUAGGCGUAAGCGUGCGUUUAAAUACAAUAAUUUACUAUAUAUACUAUAUUAAUUAAAAUAGAAUUACUCGAAUUAAAUUUUUAGUGUUAUUGUUUUAUGUACUAUAGAUAGAGCUAUAAUAUGAAUAUGUGCGAAUACAGCAAUGAUUUGGCCAAGAUGGUUUAUAAGUCAUUUUGUUUCACGUCGCACAUGUUGUUGUUAUCGCGAUUAUCCCGCGCGUCAGGAUCUUCGUGUAAAUUCACCCAAAACGACUUAUUGUACAAGUCGAAUCGAAAUUAAUUUCGGGGAAACUGAUCGCCAUUGUUGUUUCGAAACUUUGUUAGAGCAUUCAUUUUGUUAUUGCGACCGGCGAUAUGUUUUUUAACAACCAACCUGCUCAGUCUUGUAUCGGAUCUACUUCAUCGAAACCUGCUCAGUAGGAUCGCCGGCGGUCCCCGGACGCACUUUCGUUCGCACCUUUCCGGUCGUUGGCUCCCGAAUGUCGUUUUGCCCCUUGCCUGCAAGUCUUUCGACGAUAUUUUCAAAGUGCAUAUAUAUUUUAGGUAAUAAAGAUACAUUGUAAUAUACA